AUGGCACCGCCUGUUCUUGCUGCAAUGAUGCCUGUGCUCAGCCGUCACGUCGACGAAAAACAUCAACCCGUACAUUCGCUAUCCUCUAGAGACUUGCAGCAUCCCACACACACACAGCAAGUUACGCUGGGCGUUAUCGCCGCCUACGUUGUAGCUAUUGCUAUUCUUUGGAAUGUUCCGUAUCUAAAAAUGAUACUCUGGCCAUUCAAGAUGCUUGUCAUCGCCUUUCAUGAGUUCGGUCACGCCAUCACCGCAGUACUCACGGGCGGAAAAGUCGAAUCCAUCAGCCUUGAUCCUAACGAAGGCGGCGUUACCCGCAUGCGAGGCGGCAUCAGUGCCAUCACUCUCCCUGCAGGUUAUCUGGGCUCUUCGCUCAUCGGCGCUCUUCUCACCUUUUGCGGUUUCAACAUUGUUGCCUCCAAAGUUGCCAGCAUCGUCCUCGCCGUCUGUUUCUUAUUAACACUAUGGUGGGGGAAGCGCGACUGGCUUACCAUUCUCACAAUUGUCCUUGCUAUCGGUCUCCUGAUUGCCUGCUGGUUCAUUGUCCAUGCCCAGGCCCUGCGUUUCGUCGUCCUCUUCAUCGGCGUCAUGUCUUCACUAUACAGCGUCUGGGACAUUUGCGACGACCUUAUUCUUCGCAAAGUGAACUCUUCUGACGCAAGCGUCUUUGCAAAGCGAUAUGGCGGAUCUUCUCAGUGCUGGGGAGUGAUUUGGUCCAUCAUUUCCAUUCUCAUCAUGGCCGUUGGUAUUGUUGCCGGGCUGGCUGCCUUUUCGCAGUCUUUUGAGCAACAGCAACAGGAUUCGCAGCGUUUUAUACCAACACGAUAG